CCCGCAGACGGCCGGAGCCGGCACGGCAUGGGCGCGCGGCCGGGCGGGGAACGGACCCCGCGCGUGCUGCGGCGGCUCGGCGAGGACCGGCCGCUGGGCCACCACCGCUCCGGCGGGGUCCUAAAACCCAGUGCCAAGUGUGAGGGUCUCUGAGGGGCUGGCACCGGACAGCACCGCGCACCGCACACCUCAGCUGCUUCCCCCCUUUGGAAAAACAGUUUUUUUACCCGGGCCUGGGGCUGCUCGUCUUGUCCCCCUAGUAAGGAUAGUUUUGUUCGGAAGCGGCUUUGAGACUGUUCACAUCUCGUCAGAAGCACAGUAGAGAUUAACAUAUAAACACACGCUACUUGCUUUAUUUACACGCUCUCCGUCUCCAGGCUCAGGUUAGCGUGGUUUCCCAAAACUCUUGGCAGGCUUUUCUGGGAAAAGAUGCCGGACUGGGUUAGGACGCUUGAAGACUGCAGAACUGGUUUCUCAAAUAUUCAAUUUGAUGGCUCAGUUUCCAAAAGACGAAGACCCUGAACAACAGCCUAAGAAUAAGUUAGUGUAGUGAUUAUUUCGGUUUUAUGAUACAGACCUGUGUUAAUUUGCUCCUGCUUUGUGGAAGAUCUGGCCUCUCAAAAGGCAUCACUGUUUUAUGGUGUGUGAAGAUAACCCAGAAAAUAAAAGAAGUUUCUAAGGAGAAUUUGCAGAGGAUGCUCUAGAUAAAAUCCAAGUACCGAAGAAAGUGAGAAUCAUGGACCAGAACAACAGCCUCCCGCCUUAUGCUCAGGGCUUGGCCUCCCCACAGGGUGCCAUGACUCCUGGAAUUCCCAUCUUUAGUCCAAUGAUGCCUUAUGGCACAGGACUUACUCCACAGCCUAUUCAGAACACCAAUAGUCUGUCUAUUUUGGAAGAGCAACAGAGACAGCAGCAGCAACAGCAGCAGCAACAACAGCAGCAGCAGCAGGCAGUAGCAACUGCAGCAGCCUCAGUACAGCAAUCAACAUCUCAGCAGUCCACACAGGGUGCCUCAGGCCAGACACCACAGCUCUUCCAUUCUCAGACUCUGACCACUGCACCCUUGCCAGGCACCACUCCCUUGUACCCUUCACCAAUGACCCCUAUGACCCCUAUCACUCCUGCCACACCAGCCUCUGAGAGCUCUGGGAUCGUACCACAGCUACAAAACAUUGUAUCCACAGUGAAUCUUGGAUGUAAACUUGACCUGAAGACCAUUGCGCUUCGUGCCCGAAAUGCUGAAUAUAAUCCCAAGCGGUUUGCUGCUGUCAUCAUGAGAAUAAGAGAGCCACGGACAACUGCAUUGAUUUUCAGUUCUGGAAAAAUGGUGUGCACAGGAGCCAAGAGUGAAGAACAAUCCAGACUAGCAGCAAGAAAAUACGCUAGAGUUGUGCAGAAGUUGGGCUUUCCAGCUAAGUUCUUAGACUUCAAGAUCCAAAACAUGGUGGGGAGCUGUGAUGUGAAGUUCCCCAUAAGGCUGGAAGGCCUUGUGCUGACCCACCAGCAGUUCAGUAGCUAUGAACCAGAAUUAUUUCCUGGAUUAAUCUACAGAAUGAUCAAACCCAGAAUUGUUCUCCUUAUUUUUGUUUCUGGAAAAGUUGUAUUAACAGGUGCUAAAGUUAGAGCGGAAAUUUAUGAAGCAUUUGAAAACAUCUACCCCAUCUUAAAGGGAUUCAGGAAGACCACAUAGUGGCUGCCAUGUACCCCGCCUCCCCUACCCACUUGUUUUUUAAAACCAGUCAGUUUUGGCACCACUGAUGGUACAGUUGUGAGAAGGACACUCUUCACAGGUGGCAGUGAAGUGACGUGUGUCCUGCUGCAGGACACUGGAAAGGUCACCUCCUCUGCACUGAGAUCACCUGCAGCAUCACUGUGAGUCGCUUGCUCUGUGCUGCUAUCUGGGCAGCACUGCCCACUUAUUUAUAUUAGAUUUUAAACACUGCUGUCGAUGAGUUUGUUGGUUUAAGGGACAGAACUUUAAGUGUUAAAGCCACCUGUACAAUUGGACUUUUUAUUUUAACUUUUCCCACAUAAGCCAGUUUUUAUAUUUCUACCAGAAAAAGUAAAAAUCUUUUUUUAAAAGUGUUGUUUUUCUAGUUUGUAACUCUAAGGAGUUAUUUUUGUGCCAGAUACAUUCCGCCUUCCCAGUAUUGCAGAACUGAAUAGUUGUAUUAAUCAAAACAAAUGUACAGACUUUUCUUUCUUCAGAGUACACUGCACAAAAAAAAAAAAAAACGCAGCUUGUAAAUUGUUAGAUUUUUGUUAUAAAUGAUACCUUGUAAGACAUGUGAUCAUACUGUCAAAGAAAUUUAUUUUAGAUAUAAUGCCUGAGACCAUU